AUUUUUUUUAUGAAUAAAAAAUAUGUCUAUGAACUUUAGAAAUUUAUUAAAAGGACUGACGGUGAAGUUAUGAGUGUCACAAAUAUGUGUGUGUUUAAGUGUGUUCUAGUGUUAUUUAUCUUAAUGACUAUCGAUAUAGUGCCACACGCCGAUGGAGACCUUAUGUCGAUGAUCGACUUUCGCUACUGGCGCUGUGUUAUGAAACGAGAGUGGAAGUGUCCGGAUUCAGAAAUCAAUUUCUUCUUGUAUACGCCGGAGCGGCCGUGGAAGCAAUGGAUCGACGUGCGCCACAAGGACCUCCUGGACGUGUACGGUUGGAAGCGGAGCAGGAAGAACGUGCUCAUCAUACACGGGUUCAACGGGACACAUUCCAAGAAUCCCAUGUCCUUUUUACGUGAUGCAUACCUGUCCCGCAAAGACUACAACGUGUUCAUGGUGGACUGGUCUCCGCUGAGCAGAUUUCCAUGCUACCUCUCGGCGCUCUCUAAUCUGAGAUUAACAGCCCAGUGCACAGCACAGCUGUAUUCAUACAUAACGAAAGCCGGCGCGAUGGCCAAGAUGAUCACCUGCGUCGGCCACUCGCUGGGCGCCCACGUCUGUGGCAUGGCGUCCGAACAUCUCACCAAGAAGCAGUACAAGAUUAUUGGCUUAGACCCAGCGCGUCCGCUAGCAUCCGCCUACGGCUCCAGCCAGUACCGGCUGACACGGCACGACGCGCACGUGGUGCAGGUGAUCCACACGAACGCCGGCUUCCUGGGCGAGUCUGGCCUGAUCGGUCACGCCGACUUCUGCGUCAACGGCGGCAGGACUCAGCCUGGCUGUCAGGGCCACUUUAUGAGGAUAGCCCGGUGCAGCCAUUUCAUGAGCUCCUGCUAUUUUGCGGCGAGUGUGCGACAGAACAGAAGCAUCCGAUUGGUCGGGGUGCCGUGCGACUCCGACUGCCCGAAGGAGCGCGACCGCUGGGGCAUCCGUUUUGAUAGGCGGGCCGUGCGAAUAGGCGAAGCCACUCCGGAAACGUGUCGAGGCAUGUACUGCGUCAGUAUAGAUCACGAAGAAGCAUGCCCAUUUGAUUAAUUUAAUAAAUUAGUAAUAUGCGGUAUUUAUUUAAUAUUUGUUAUUGUAAAUAAAAUUUAUGUCAUA